AGAACGCGUAGCCAAGGAGGGGGAAUGCUGGGAAAUGUAGUUUACCAAAACAUAGACUUCCCGGACGCGAGGAGGAGUGUGGACAGCCCGGAGCUGGAGUCCCGGGGCAACCGGAGCCCCAGGAUUGGGGGAUGGGGAACUGCCUGUCAUCGCAGACUGCAGAUGAUCUGUCCCUGCUCAACGACUCAGACGGCGCUAGCCUGCCCGGGGAGCCCCCACCUCCAUACCAGGAGCGGCAGAAUGUUCCCGUCUACCACCCGACACCUAGCCAGACCCGCCUUGCAACGCAGCUGACGGAAGAGGAGCAGGUGUGGAUUGCCCAGAGGAUUGGCCUCAUACAGCACUUACCUAAAGGCAGAUAUGACCCGGGGUCCGAACCUUCCGAGAAGAAGCCAAAAGAGUGUGUGAUCUGUAUGCUGGAUUUCGUCAGUGGGGCUCCUGUCCGCUUCCUGCCUUGUAUGCACGUCUACCACAUGGAGUGUAUAGAUAAGUGGCUGAUGCGGUCGUUCACGUGUCCGUCCUGCAUGGAGCCGGUGGACGCCGCACUCCUCUCUUCCUACGAGACCAGCUGAAUGGACGGCAUCCUCCAGAUGUGUGGUAACAUGGCGGCCUGCUUUGAAGUAUUGCUUUGUGCUUUGGCCAAAAUAAAGUCGAUGUGGUGUGA